UGGUUGAAUGCUCCUGGAGGGUGUGGCUUGAUUGGAGUUUGUGAUAGAAGAAGACGACUCGACAGAAGAGAGGAGAAACGCUUUAAAGAAAAUGUCCUCGGUACCAGACGGGAAGAAGCUGGUCCGCAGCCCCAGCGGCCUCCGAAUGGUCCCGGAGAACGGCGCCUUCAACAGCCCGUUCUCCCUGGACGAGCCGCAGUGGGUCCCGGAUAAAGAGUGUCCGAGAUGCAUGCAAUGUGACACCAAGUUUGACUUCAUCAGACGAAAGCACCAUUGUCGGCGCUGCGGCCGCUGUUUCUGCGAUAAAUGCUGCAGCAAGAAGGUGGCGCUGCCCCGGAUGUGCUUCGUUGACCCGGUGAGGCAGUGUGCAGAGUGCAGCCUGGUCUCACAGAAGGAGCUGGAGUUCUACGACAAGCAGCUCAAAGUGCUGCUGGGAGGAGGGACGUUUGUCGUCACUUUGGGAACGUCAGAUAAAUCUGAAACCAUGACAUGCCGCCUCUCCAACAACCACAGAUACCUGUUCCUGGACGGUGAAAGUCACUUUGAGGUGGAGCUGUCCCGCAUCUCCAGCAUGCAGAUACUGACAGACGGGACGAGUCCAGGAGAGGAAGACGUUCACACUUACACCAGCCUGCUGGACGGCCUGUGUGUCUCUGAAGGAGGGACGUCGCGGGCCAGUGGGAUGCUCCUCCAUUACAAACCAAUGGGCUCCCAGGAUGCCCAGCAGCUGCAGAUGGAGGCUGCAGAAGACAAGAAGGUGGCGUCGCUGUGGCUCGCUGCAAUGCACAAGGCGGCCAAGCUGCUGCACGAAGCUCGAGACCAGUGACGUCCAGGGGGGAACGGAGGCAGCACACACCCAAGUGUUUUCCAGCCGAGUCGGAUUCAGAUCGGGUUUGCUCUCAUCACCGCAGAUUCACUUUAUCCAUCUGAUCUCUUAUCGGUUAUUUAUGCGAGCUCGCCAUUGUCAUGUUUUUUUUUGUUGCAAGAAAUCUUUCUAAAAGGAGAAAAAGAGCACUUCACUCACCUCUAUAAGCAGUACUCUGUCUAUUCUGCGUUUUCUCUCCGUUCAACGCUCCAGUCUGGUUUCACUCACUAACUGGGCCGUGCAGAUGAAACGUUUUUACAGAACGUCGAGGCUUGCUAAUGUUGGAGGAUUUAAUAUUAAUUCAGAAAUGUUACUCUGUAUUCUUAUGAAGGUUGUACAACACACUUUUUACACUCGGUUCAUUGCGCAGGGAUUUUAAACGCUGCUGUUUGUGCAGGGAUGACAGAACCAAGUCGUAUCUUCAGCACAUCUUCCAGUUCCAAACUCUUUCUAAGCACAUUAAAGGAAACAUGCAGAUUAACUUGUGGCACAAGGUUGAGAAGCAGAUAUAUUCAUCUUUCCUUGGUAUUAAGAAGCUGUAGUUGUUGUCUGAAUUCCUUUGAAAACCAAGUAAGAACUGGGUAUUCUGUUCUACUUUACAUUAGCUCUUUUAAACUAUUUUAAAACUUUUUUUGAAAACAACAAUCACUUCUUCUAGAGCUUUUUUCCAUGCUGCCACUUUCCUACGUUGUGCAUGGAUCUGAAUUUUCUUGGCGGCCGUUUCCAGUCUCAGCGUUUUGUAAAGCUCUAACCUGCCCAAACAAUUUUUUUCCUAAAGAACAACGGCAGAAUAUAGAAAAACAUAGAAACAGCAUUCCAAUUUUCUUUGUAUCCUUCCUGUCGAGAGAACCUGUUAGGCUUCUUCCAUCUCUGUGCUUCCUGUGGCCUCAGUUUGGAACACCUCACUGAUGGUGAAAAUGAUUACAGUAACAGUCAGUCUUCACUCAGUAACGACUUCCACACCGAAAUCCAUCGUUACUGCGACCCAUCUCUCUGUCUGUAGAAUGUCUGACCCUAAAGUUGACCUUAAAGUCCCCAACACUGGGUACCAGCUGUCUGUUUGGUGGGUCUCUAAUUUAAAUGUGCAUGAACAUGUUAACUUGCUAACGUUCAACUCUGAAGGAUUUCCUGAACUGAUUUUGCUAAUUACAGUAGAAAACCGCUUCUGAGGCGCAAGUGAGAAAUAUUAAGUGCUAGGGAGGACAGAGGACUGUCAAAACGUUGCUACACUUUCUCAGUCAGCUGCAAAAUAUGUGCAUAAUUUUAAUAGAAAA